UUUUGGUGGGUGUUUGUUCGUGGGCUCUCGGAUGCCGCCACCCCAUCUCCCCCUCCUCCCCCUCCUCCUCCCUCUCCUCCUCCCUCAUCCCGCGUCUCGACGGAGCGAGAGCUUCUGCAGCAUCACUGGCUGCCUCCUAACUGCGUCUCCUCCACCGCGAUGGAUCCGUCUGUGAGGCGGCCAGGGCAGUAACCGAGGACGGACCCUGGAAAUGACCGCAGCGAGGCGGUCAAAACGCGACACCUCUCUCUUUCUGCUGCGUCUUGUUUACCUGACAGACUCGGGCGUCAUGUAAGUGCUGGAUAACUAUUCGUGUGUGACCGACACCCAUCGCCAGCUGAUCCCCAUCAUACUAUGAGCGAGUGACAAAUGAAGAAGUCGCAGCAGUUUACCGAUGAAGAAUUCUCUCUUGACGUCAGUGAGCCUCGGUGAUGCAGCUGAUCUCCGUCCUGACAUUGUCCCCCAGCAUAAAAGGUUGGAGCAUUCAGGUCUGAAGACCUGCGCUGAUGUUCUGAGGAAAACCGCCGACAUGAAGGGGUUAGGAGCCAAUCGCAGUCGCCAUCUAUCAGACUCGUGCGAACCAGCGGGGUGCCCACAGAAGCCUCUGUGCCCUUUAAACUCGGACCCUCACAGCGCUUUUCUGUUGAACCCUUCCAUAAACCAUUAUGGCACCUUGGACCCUCAUAUGCACCAGUGUUCCCCCACCAGCCCGACCGCCUUGACCCCUGACUGUCUGCUCCCCUAUGGUCAAAUGUCCAACAGCAGCACCUUCCCUCGUCUCCAUUACACUCCCCAGACUGAGACGGCCGACUGCCCUCAGGCCUGCAUGGCUGCAGGUGGGCCAGGCAGAGGGGCAAAUGCGCUGACCACCUCCCUCUCGAUGGGUAUGGGUCUUGGCCUGGGUCUCACUGGUGCUCCGAUGAUCACAAGUGGAUCUGCGACCAUCUCCUCUGCAGCUGUAGCCAAGAUGAACCGGUUACCCACAAACCUUCUGGAUCAGCUUGAGAGACACCUGCCCCUCCAGCGGGAUGGCUUCAGCACUCUGCAAUUCCACCGGGGGCGCAUGUCCAAGCAGAGGAGCGAGAGUCCGGGCCGGAUACGGCACCUCAUGCACUCGGUGCAAAAACUUUUUGCCAAAUCACAAUCUUUGGAAAACUCUGCAGUCAAAGGCAACAUGAACGGGCGCUCAGCAGGAGGAACACCGGGGUCUGCGUGUGAAGAGGUCGGCCGGUACAGAAGCAAGAGCAAGGACCGGGCGAAGACUGAGGGAGCAAAGACAAGAGGGAGACCCAACACACUUGGACUCUGGGGCUCAGAUGACGCCCUCGACUCUGAAGCGACCAAAGCUGGCACCCUGGCUGUCGGUUACCGAAAUCCACUGAGCAUGAUGACUCUGGGCCGCGCAGUGUCGGACAGCCAGGCCGCCCCCAGAUACAUCCCACAGGGCUACAACACCAUCUCUGCACAUUCUCUAAAGACCUCCAAAAGCAGCAGUGACCUCAAGUUCCUGGCCUGCCAGGCGACACAGGUAGGCCCCAAAGAUCAAGGGGAGCGGAUGAGGAGCAAGGACGACACCAUGGUGAAGAGAGGGUCCUGGUCCACUCUCACUCUGAGUCAGGCUCGCCAGGUGUUACAGAAAGGAUCGGCAACUGUGAACAGAACCCUUCUCAAAUCCAAGUCCUGUCACCAAGAGCUGGCGCAGCAGUUCCUUCAGGUGCCGCUGGGGGACUGGGCCGGUACUUUGGGUCACGGCCGCACCAAAGGAACUGAAAUCCCGUGUCGGAGAAUGCGCAGCGGCAGCUAUGUCAAAGCAAUGGGUGACCCUGAGGACAGUGAGGAGUCUGAGGGGAGCCCCAAACCAUCACCCAAAUCGGCUGCUCGUCGCCAGAGCUACCUGAAGGCCACACAGCACUCCCUGAGUGAGCAGCAGGCGCCCCCACCGUCACGCAGGCUUUGUUGCCACACUCAUAUGCGGGAGGAUUUUCUGUGGUCUCCGCUGCAGGCUGCGUGUUCUAUGCAGCAUCUGAGCUCCCUGCCGUCUCUGAAGGAGCUGUCCACAAACCGCAGCCUGGACAACCUGGACUGCCUAGUGAGUCCUGUUGAAGCCCCAAUGCGACACAGACACAGCGAUUUUGGACAAGGCUCUAGCACAUUGGGCAGAGGAGGCAGCUCCCAGCAUGUGAGUCGGCACAUGUUCUUGCAGGUCUGUGCGCAAGGCUUCAUGCACUCAGUGGCCCACUGUGAGGGGGAGUCGCAGGCAGUGGAGGCACUGGACCUCCCUGCUCCCACGUGCUUCCGGUCCCGCAGCCACAGCUACCUGCGGGCCAUCCAGGCGGGCUGCUCCCAGGAUGAUGACACUGCUUCUGCAGACUCAGACUCACCGCCACCCACCUCAGCAGGCUACGGCUACAACACGAGCAGCAAUAGAAAGGCCCCUCCUCCAGUUCCUCCUCGGAUCACUUCCAAGCCCCUUAUAUCUGUGACGCUGCAGAGCAGCACAGAGUCAGCCCAGGACACUUACCUUGACCAGCAGGACCACGGGAGUGAAGUCAACAGCCAAUCCGGACACAGCAAUUCUUCGGACAGUCUCUGUAGCAUACGCACAGGCAGUCUGGCCAAGGGGUGCCAACCCUCCGCCGCUGCCCCUACUGCAACCCGUGUACCUGCUGCAGCAUCCUUGCCUCCCGUCCCAGCACCUCGUGACCUCCCUCCCACCACCACUGCGUCCACGACUGCAGUCUCUACCUGCUCUUCAUCCACUCAGUCCCAAAAUGACUCCCUGGGUUUUGGUCUUACACUAGAGCAUCCCCCCACUGUUCCCAAGAGGAAAUUAUCUUCCAUUGGCAUUCAGGUGGAUUGCAUUCAGCCGACUCCAAGAGAACCACCACUACCGCUGACUGCACCCUUAAAGUUUCAGUCGAUCGGCGUUCAAGUUGAGAACGGCAGGCCUCUGAGCCGGGACAGCAGCAUGGCCUCCAGACAAAACACAGAGACCGAACCACUGGAGCCCCAGGAAGCCGCACCCACACAUAACAAGACAGCCAACUGCAGCAACAAUCAAACAGUCAACACAAACGGGCAGGACAAAGCCAUGGACCCCAAACCUCUGCAGCAGACCUCCUCCCUGCCCACAAUAUCCAACUCUCCGCCGGAGACCCUGGACCCGGCUUUAGACCCGUCCUCGCUGCCUCCGCCGGACCCCAGCCUGGAGGCUGGAAACUGCGGCGAUGCAGCUCAGCCAGGAACACAAGCUUGCCUCCGAGAUGGAAACUGGUUUUUGAAGUUGCUGCAGGCUGAAACAGGUCGAAUGGAGGGCUGGUGUCAACAGAUGGAGCAGGAGACCAAAGACAACAAGCUGUCAGAAGAAGUGUUGGGAACAAUCCGCAGUGCCGUCGGCAGCGCCCAGCUCCUCAUUUCGCAAAAGUUUGAGCAGUUCCGUGGGCUCUGUAAUGAGAACUUGAACGUGAAUGCCAACCCUCGGCCGACGGCGCAGGACUUGGCAGGCUUCUGGGAUUUGCUGCAGCUGUCGAUAGAAGACAUCAGCAUGAAAUUCGACGAGCUCUAUCAGCUCAAAGCAAACAACUGGCAGCUUCCUGAGAAGAAGGAUGAAAACAAGCAGCUUCCAUCGUCAGUGCCAAAGAAGCCAUCGAAGCCCCGGCUGUCGGCAGGGAAGGACAGGAGCGUGGACUCGGCCGUGGACAAGCAGAGGCAGGAGGCCAGGAAGCGCUUGAUGGCAGCAAAGCGCGCGGCGUCAGUGCGGCAGAACUCCGCCACGGAAAGCGCUGACAGCAUCGAAAUCUACGUCCCAGAGGCCCAAACGCGCCUCUGAGAGCGGACCCCGCCGAUGAUCACUAUCUUGUCCAGACACUCAAAACACUUGGAUGCAGAGACGCUGAGUCGUCAGAGUGGCGCCGACGCAGAGCCCGCUGCCAUUGGACAGAAGUAACUUUGAUAGAUAUUUAAUUCUAUUGUUAUAUAUAAUUACCUGCUCAAAUAUAUCGAGACUCUUAAAUGUUUAAGUAUCUUGCAGAAGGAUGCCCCUUGUGAGAUUGAAAGUCAAGGUGUCCCAGACGUUUACUUUCUCUGCUCUUCACUUGGGUGGACCGGCAAGUUGUGGCUGCUGGUUAGCGAGCGGAGCUAGCAUCCACAUACACUCAGGAUACACAUGCAGGUGUGCUCACUGUCCACACAGUCUUCCUGUUCUCUAUUUAUAUUUGGCUGCCACUCAUUCUGCGUGGUGCGUUCACCCGACUGUGGAAGGAUCGCUUCGACCGGAGAACCAGAGGAAGGCAGUAGCAUAUAUAUAAAUAUAUAAUGUAAGACAAAUAUCACACUAUGACAAUGUUCAUUUUGUAAAUUGUUGUAUACCAGAUUAUUUGUUAGAAAGAGGUCAGUGUUCUGUACCGAGGUAGUUUUUUAUAGAUUGAGUACAAGUACUGUCAUGACAUAUUAGCACUUGAUGCAAUCGUUCACCCCCACACCCCACGCUCUUGUCUCUUGCACCAAGACACACUACAUGGACCGUGUCUGUGAGCGUCCAUUGUUAGUCUUAAACCCCUUUUUUUCCACCGAAGGUUUGUCGGAAUGACUGCGCAGCCAUUGAGCCUCUGAGGAAUGUAUGAACGAGUACCCCAUUGCAUUUGUCGCUCACGUUCAAACUUGAUCAUUGCACUUUUCCCAUUCACCUCAGAUCAAGUUUGCCCACAUUUGUUUCAUCCCAUCAUCCACCUGUGAUGUGAGGGGACCAAGGCAUUGACCACUCGAUGAGCCAUUCCUGUUCCAAACCAAGCUCUGUGUGCAGGGUGCGGGUUUGAUUCCGCUGGAGGGAAAACAGCAAUAACAUCAGUUAGUUCUGGAACAGGUGGCGCAGCCGGUACAUCUGCGUUAUGGAAAUUGGCGACAGGACUUUCUUGGCUCUUGGCUCGAACGAUGAAUGUGUAUCUCAGGUUUGACAACUCAGCAAUGAAACCACUACGACGAGGAUUAUUUAUUUUAAAACAAUAAAGUGCUGAGGAGACGACAGUCAUUUGUGGAUUGGAAAGGUCCCAACAGACAAACCCACACGGCUGCUGCACACAGGCUUGAAUUUUUUUUUUCUUCUCUCUCUCUCGCUCUCUCUCUCUCUUCACUCUACAAGCUUGAACUUCCACCUGCUUGAGAGUGAAGAGCUGUGGUACAUUUGUAUUCUUUAUAGUUUUGUUUUUACAUGUAAAACGGGCUCAAGUGAGUCAUCUCUUGAAUAAUCCAAUUAUAAUUAAUAUUGGUGCUUGCGGCAGGUUUCAUAUUGUGCCAACACAGCAACGUUUCAAUGUCAUCUGAUUUUCAAACCUAUUAAAAGUUUAUUUUGUUAAAUCUGCUCACGGUUUCAGUUGUGUAUGUUUGUGCGACUUGCUUGAUACCUUCAUUUCCUUUGUCUCAACUCGACGAGCGAGACUGAAAGGUUUCUUUAACGAACUUCAGUGCCAAGUGUACAUGAGUGGAACUGAGCAGAUACUCGUGCACUAAUGCAGACGAACUUGUUUUUUCUGUUUGUGAUAUUAAGAGCUGGCUCUCCCCCUGUUGGUCAGUCUGUGUGCUGCACUCAAGACAUUUUUCAAUUUUCAUAAUGGUAAAUGAAGUUGGAAUGUUUCCACAACCAGUUGUUUUUAUUUGAGUUCAUCACGAGUGGACAUGUGCAUUUCAUUGUCCAAACAAAGCAUUAAACAUCCCUUUGCUACAUGUCCGGUCCACCAUUCUUGAUUUGUCUUCUAUUGCACUCAUUCAUAAUGCUCUGUAAUAUUGGCUGUACAGUUAAUAUUACACAGUUUUCUCGACUGUCACUGUGUAAGCGAUGGAAGCAUGGCCUUCCGACAUCUAAAUAUGGACCAGUUUUUAACCAUUACAUUGGUUUUGCGAGCGAAAAAAGUCAAGAGGCGUUCAGGGUGCGUGGUGUUCAUGAGCGUUUAUAACUGUGACACAUUGUGGAAGGUCCUCUUUCUUUUCGUGGCAAACCCAGAUCGCUUUAUCCCACUUGGACUUUCACUAGAGGGUGAUCAGGGAUCUUCACUUUGUUUACCUGUACUUCCUGUGUUAUAAAGGGCUACAAAAUGGAUGAUGCAACUCUGGAUAUUGAUUUUGUGCAUGUGCUUUCAACCACCAUGUGGACGAGGCAAUAUUCUUAUUGGUGAACACUAGAAGCCGACAUUAUUUAGGGUAGCAACCGAGUCAGUGUGUCGCACACUAACGCUUUCUGUCAUAAGCCCACUGUCUUGUGCUUCCUCACUUUAGCUGCACCCCCACUUUCAGCGUCAGCCCCCCCGCCCCAAGGUCAAACCAGAACUCGGAGCAAAAAACCAUGUAGUUCCUAUAAAAUACCUUUUAAGGAUAAAUGUUGGCACAAGCACACAUCUUACAGAUGAACAGUUAUCAUGUUACUGUGCACUAGUUAGACACAGGAGGCUUCUUACAAUGAUGGGAUUCAAAGUUGUGAACGAGACAUUUGGCAUAUUUUCUGUACCAAACAAACUAUAGAACAAAGGGGGAAUGCCAGACUAUUUUGCAUGUAUGUUAUUUUCCUCGACAUAUGUUCAUACAGUUUACCUCAACUGUUGUUCCUUGAUGAGGAAUAGAUUAAAAGGUAGUGUCAAGAAAACCACUGGACUCGAAGCACAUCUUUAUUUUGUGGUGGGUGAAUCAUCUCCGAGCAGGUCACGAUGAACAAAAUUAUUGUUUUCAAUGUGAUUUAAACGCGGAAAUGAGUUGUCAUUGAGAAACACUCAGCUCAUCGCUGAUUGGCCUGAACUCGUGAGUGAUUUCUGAUUGGACGACGCGC